UAAAAAUUAGGGAGGCCCGGACCUCCCUUACCUCAUAUGUGGCUACGGCCAUGGCUAUGUGGAUGUUUGGUUUAAAGGUCUUCCCAACAUCUGAACUGCUGCCUCUGUGACCUGUAACGUCAAACAAGAAGCUUCCUGCUUUGGCAAACUUAAGUGGGUCAUCAAUAAUCAUUUUAAAAAUCUUGUUUUUAACAGGCUGAGGAGACAUGGAGCUUAGUCUGAAGUGUUUAUGUCCGGAAUGCAGUUUGUAGUAUAUUACACUAUAAAGGAGGUUAGUAAUGGUAGUAACAGAAUUAAUAGAAUAUCUUGAAAUCAUAAAAAUUCUAAGAAUUCUAAAAUUAAAAAUUAAGUUUCUGAUUGACCCACACAAGGUGACUUAUCAGGGCAACAUUAUGUUUACUUUAGCUUUUAAUGUCAGCAGUUUCUGUUCAUGUUUGGAUUGUGUGGUUUCAUUUUCCCAAAGUCUUUGUCCCUGCACAGGUCUUGACACAUCCUCUGACACUUGUGGUUUACUAGGAAAUGAAACUAAAGGCAAACGCUGGGGAUGGGCUUCUCCUUUCCCCUUACUUAAGGAGCAGCACCCACAGUGACUUUAGACUUUGCUGCAUUCUGGAGGGAGUGUACAUUGCCAUUUAAAAUGCCGACUGCACCUAGCCAACUGUUUGGGCUCAUAGUGGCUUUCUGCCUGCUGUUUAGUGAGCUGGAGUCAAUGAGCCUGGAUUGGUUAGACAUUGGGCGUCGGCCAGCUCAGGAGGGUGAUGUGCGUCUGGUGGGGGGUAAGGGGCCAUCGGAGGGCCGGGUGGAGGUGUUCCACGCCGGCAGCUGGGGGACAGUGUGUGACGACAACUGGGGCAUGGAGGAGGCUCGAGUGGUGUGUGCUCAGCUGGGGUUCCGUGGUGCCCUCUCCGCAGAAGCAGGAGGGAAGUUCCCAGCAGGCUCUGGAAGUGUAUGGCUGGAUGACCUUGGAUGCAAAGGCAGUGAGAAGUCGUUGAGUAGCUGCACGUUCAAGGACUGGGGUGUGACUGACUGCUCCCAUGCAGAGGAUGCUGGCGUGGUGUGUGACGUCGAUCCGGCUUUAAACACCUCCAAAAGUUACUCAAUGGACCACAGCAUUGAGCUGUCUGACCAGAUGGGAGAGCUGUUUGACAGUGGCACAGGCUGUGAUGUCACCCUCACGUUUGGCUACCCAGCAGACGAUUCACUAGAACUAGAAACACAGGAGGGACAAAGUCCUGAUGAAAACAUCAACAAGGAGAGCAUGUGUGUUCAUAGCCUGGUUCUCUCGCUCUUCCCAAAAAUUGUCAUUUCAAACUCAAGCCAUGACAUGCAGAUCAGCUCAAAGUGCCAGCAUUACGUUCGAGACUUUGUACGGUACCUCUACACGCGCAAGAUAACGGUCAACUCUGGCUCCAUGCAGUGCCUUCAUCAACUGGCUUCAGAGUUUGGUGCAGAGCGCCUGAUCGAGGACAUAGGACGCCUCUUUGUGCCCCUGUUGCCUGAAGAUUCCUCUUUUCGCACACAGUUGGCACUGUUCAAGUAUGCAGGCUUGGUUGGUGAUAAUCAGCUUCGUGAAAACGUGUUGCGCUACUUGGGCUGGAACAUGGAGCCGCUGGUGUCUUCAGCCCAGUGGAAGAAUGCACCACAGGCCCUCGUGAAGGGUCUGCUGGUCCGCUCAGACCUGGUGGUCCCAGAUGAGGCCUGGUUGCUGGGGGCACUGGAUGCCUGGAUGCUGGAACAAGGAGAAUCGUUGAAGCUUGAGCAUCAAGCAGCUCUGCUGGCCCACCUGCGUUUCCCCAUGAUGACCACAGAGAAACUCUAUGAGCUGCCCUUCAUCUCUCGCCUCUACACCAGCCACAAAGAUCUCUUCCAAAAUGGCAUGCUGCUGGGGUUCCAGUUCCAUGCUCUGGACUUUUCUACACUGACCAGACACAUGGAUAACCAGAGUGAGCAGCUUCAGCCUAGAAUCUACACUGCCAGUCCCUGGAGCGCCAGCUUCAAUAUCACCAAUCUGUCUCGGUAUAACAGAUACAACUACCACCAUUACAAUGGACAAUAUGAGGAGCAUUUUGGGGGGAAAAAGACCUUCAACACUCCACUACCUCUUACAUCCACGCUGUCCUCCAAAUACAUUUCCUGGGUUGCUGAAAUCUUUUCAAUGGAUCGCAAGUGCCGUAACUACGGUUACAAACAUUGUGAGGAUUUCUCUGUGCGACUGCAAAGGACUGAUGGUCGUGGUGGGUCUUUCAAGUUCAGCAACCAACUGCUGCUAGCCUGUGGAGGAAGCCAUGUCUUCCACGUGCAAGAGCUAAAAACUGGAGAGGCUACGAUCUCAACCAACAGCUCAGGCAUUCCUGCGCCUUGUCCCAAUGACCUCACCUAUCAAUUCAUUGUUCGCCCUCAGUACGGCGUUUAACCCUAAUAUCAAUCAUCUGAUUUGCAAAUCCUGUGUUGAAUAAUUUUAUGAGCAUGAGCAUUUUAUAAUUUUACUACGAGCAUUGUAUAUGUGUAUAUUUUAAAAUCAACAACCAAAUAAGGUUUCUUUUUUUACAUCUUCAGAUAGGCCUAAGUUUUUUUUUCCAGAUUAUGUUUAGCUUUGGAAUAAAUUAUUUUAAUGAUUUAAUGAUUUUAGUGCAUUUUUAUGAUUUGUCAAAUUAUUUUUACAUGCAUAGUUAAAUACACAUGUUGCAGAGUCAUUCUUUAUGGAUUUUAUUUUUUUUGCUUUACCUUGUCUUACCAUUGACUAUAGUAUUAAUUGGCAAAGUAAUAAACCCUGAAUAUAAACUCUGAAUUUUAGUCUUUUUGUUAUUGUUAUUUGUUUUUGUUGAUAUCAAUUCAAUUAAUAUUGAAGGAAAAAUGUGUACCAGUAAUGCUUUCAGUAGUUUAUUCUAGAAAUGUAUGCUUCUUGAAAGUAUGCUCCAAACACGCUUUUCAUGCAUUCGUAUGGCAUUAAGAGUGUGCUUGAGUACACUUCUAUAACAUUUUAUUGUUACUAGAAGUUCAAUAAAAGUAUAUUAACUUCA